AUGUCCGAACGCCCUCAGCAGAAGGCCGCCCCCACGGCAGCGGUCCAGCAAAGUGAUAAUAUCGCACAUGCCUUAGCUGGAGCUGGUGGAGGAAUCCUGUCCAUGGUCUUGACGUACCCUCUCAUCACUCUGUCGACAAGGGCCCAGGUGGAGUCCAAACGCGCGCAUUCUAGCAAUCUCGAUGCCGUUCGUCGAAUCGUCCAGCGGGAGGGAAUCUCAGGGCUAUAUUCGGGCUUGGAGUCGGCUCUGUUCGGGAUCAGCGUCACCAACUUCGUAUAUUACUACUGGUAUGAAUGGACUCGGUCCGCUUUUGAGGGGGCCGCAGUAAAGGCUGGCCGGGCCUCGAAGAAGCUCACAACUGUCGAGUCCAUGAUCGCUGGUGCUAUUGCAGGAAGCGCCACCGUUUUGAUCACCAACCCCAUUUGGGUGAUCAAUACUCGCAUGACUGCCCGCAAGUCGGAAUCGGAGGAGUCCCUUCCAGGAGGCCCACAGAAGACCAAGGCUUCUACGUUAAGUACGCUGAUGGAACUGCUACGCCAAGAGGGACCCAGAGCGCUAUUUGCCGGGGUUCUGCCUGCAUUGAUCCUUGUGAUCAAUCCAAUUUUGCAGUACACGAUCUUCGAGCAAUUGAAGAACGUGGUUGAACGCCGCCGCCGGAUGACUCCAAAGGAUGCAUUUUAUCUUGGCGCAUUGGGAAAGAUCUUGGCCACCAGCAUCACAUAUCCUUAUAUUACCAUCAAGAGCCAAAUGCACGUGGCCAGCAAGAAUGGCCCGAAGGAGAGCCUGAAUAAGAGCCUCAAACGAAUUGUCGAUGAGGAGGGAUGGUCAGGACUGUACAAAGGUAUCGCCCCCAAGGUGACCCAAAGUGCUAUCACUGCCGCCUUCUUGUUCGCCUUUAAAGACGUCCUCUAUGACACGAUGGUAUCUAUGCGCAGGAAGAGUCUUGCGCGUAAAUAA